AUGUCGCCACCACCAUCACUUUAUUCCUACCCAGAACGUAAACGCGAACGUAGACGCACACGUACACAGACCCAUCAUGAUUCUUCUACCCGCAGCCCUUCAACCGCAUCCACCUUCCACUCCCCAAUCUCCAAUGAUAGCGUCGAUUCCCUGGGCAAACCUCGACUCGCUGACCAAACUCAACAUCGAUCUCAUCGAUCCCGCCAUGCCCGUCCUCCUUCCCACUCCACAAACAAUACAUCCAAUGAACGUGUCUCGCACUCCCGCUCCCCCGCUGCUUUCCCCUCCACCAUAGCCCUUCCUACCCCUCAGGCUUCAGCUCCCACUCGUCUCCCUCCUUCUCCUCCAUACACUAUUUCAGACCCGGCAACCUUUUCAAGCGCUUCCACACUCAUUUCGACUGAAGCGCCUCCCAUUGCACUCGAAUUCCUCAAUUUCCUAGAUGACCUGGGGAUUUUGAUGCUAUGCAAACCACUCCUAGAAUUAUGUAAUGUGGAAUGGAUAUCAUUGUUUGAUGACAUGGGAAUUUUCUACCUGUGUGAGCCGAUUGGAGCGAUUCGGAGGAUCUUGCGCAAAUUGAGGAUUGGGAGAGUGGAUAGGGAACGAGGCGGUGGGAGUUGUUUGGGUAGUAAGGAGAGGGAUACCGCGUCGUGGAUCUCGAGUCUCAGCAGUAUAGCGAGUGAGGUGAGGAGUGUGAGUGAGAGGAGCAGGGAGAAGAGACAUUCUGCUAGUAGCGGGAAGAGUAAGGGGAAUGAGGGGUGGAAGCCCAGGGGGAAGAAGGAGAGUCCGAGGGGUUUGAGAGAAAAUGGAAAACAAGCUGAGAGUAUUAACGGGAUUGGAAGUGGGAGUGAACGGAUUAGUGGUGCGAAUAGAAGAAGAAGUGAGAGGGCGGCGAGUAGCAUUGCCGCAAGUCAUUUGGGACAGAGUUUGAGAGGGGCAGCACCGAAAUAG